CAGUGCGCGAGUUCACGGCGUGAACUUCACGCGAACGCGAGUUUGAACGCCAGUCGGACAGGCGCGCGCGAGGAUCUCUGAGGCGGUGCCGCUGCCCGUGUGGACGCAGAAUGCAGACCAUUAAGUGUGUUGUGGUGGGAGACGGUGCGGUGGGCAAGACGUGCCUCCUCAUCUCGUACACGACAAACGCCUUUCCCGAGGAGUACAUCCCCACUGUGUUCGACAACUACAGCGCUCAGAUGAGCGUGGAUGGGCGCACGGUCAGCCUCAACCUCUGGGACACGGCGGGGCAGGAGGAGUACGACCGUCUGCGCACGCUCUCGUACCCGCAAACCAACGUCUUCAUCAUUUGCUUCUCCAUCGGAAGCCCUUCGUCGUUCGCCAACGUUCGCCACAAGUGGCACCCGGAGGUGUCUCACCACUGUCCCAGCGUGCCCAUCCUUCUGGUGGGCACCAAGAGGGAUCUGCGCUCAGAUACGGAAACGGUGAAGAAGCUGAAGGAGCAAGGGCUCGCUCCCACCACCAACCAGCAGGGCGGCGCUCUGGCCAAGCAGAUCGGGGCCGUGAAGUACAUGGAGUGCUCUGCGCUCCUGCAGGAGGGCGUGCGGGAGGUGUUCGUCGAGGCCGUCCGCGCCGUGCUCUACCCCGCCACCAAAAAGAAUAACAAGAGGUGCGUGCUCUUAUAGUCGGACGUGAACUCAUAAACACGCUGUGAUCCUGGUGUUUGUAUCCUUGUCAUCUUGCCCUCUCUUCUAGCUCUUAAAGGACUUCCUCCGGCUCACUGAUUUUGACGUGUUCACUCCACAUUCCUCGUAAAAAUGCAGUCGCUUGCCUAUCGUUCUGAUGAUUAAUAACCAUUAUUGCCAGUUCCACUCAAUGAAAGACACAUCAGCAUGUGUCCUUCAGGAGUGUGUAGAGCUGGAUUGUGGCUUUAUUACUCUCUUGUCCUGUGCCUUCCGAUAAAUGUGCAAUAUGAUGAAGACUGAAUGAGUUCGACACAUCAGAGUCCCUUUCCGAGAGGUUUCCCAGCCAAAUAUUUGAUGUGCCUUAGUAAUUAUUAUUAUUACCUGUACCUGUUCAGUCAUCACAAAAGCAAUAUUUGGACAGGUUGAAAAAAAAGAAGAGAGGAUUGUAUUGGAUGCGAUGAUGAUUUUCAUGUAGAAAACUGCAGGAUAGCCUAUAUUUUAUUCCACAAUCAAGAAAAAAUGACUAUACUUUCCAUAAUGAAACAAAACAAAAUUUUUUAUAGCGUUCAGAUUUUUAUUAGAUAUACAAGAAUGAAACUCUUCCUGUCCAGACAUUUAAACAGAUUUUUUUUUUUAAAGAUGGUACAACAAAUACUGUAAUGCUGUACAUUUCCAGUGAUAUUUAAGAAAUGCAAAACUUUUUAGUGGUCCAAAAAUAUUUUUACUUGUUAUUUUGGGAUUAGAUAUGACCCUUAAUGGUGUUUUUGAGAUUAAAGGAGUAGUUCACUUUUU